GCCGCCGCCGCCGCCGCCGCCGCCGCCGCCACCAUGUUCCCCUACCCGGGUCAGCACAACCACGCGGCCGCUUUCUCGCUCGCUAGCCCCAGCCGCUACAUGGCGCACCACCCGGUCAUCGCCAAUGGAGCAUACAACAGCCUGCUCUCCAACUCCGCGGCGCCUCAAGGCUACCCGGCUGCCGGCUACCCUUACCCGCAGCAGUACGGCCACUCCUACCAGGGCUCGCCCUUCUAUCAGUUCCCCUCUGCCCAGGCGGGCCUCGUCCCCGGCAAGGCGCAGGUCUACCUAUGCAACAGGCCGCUCUGGCUGAAGUUCCACCGGCACCAGACCGAGAUGAUCAUUACCAAGCAAGGCAGGCGAAUGUUCCCUUUCUUAAGUUUUAAUAUUUCGGGUCUGGAUCCCACGGCUCACUACAAUAUUUUUGUGGACGUCAUCCUGGCCGACCCAAACCACUGGCGGUUUCAAGGCGGCAAAUGGGUGCCUUGCGGCAAAGCGGAUACCAACGUUCAAGGAAAUCGUGUCUACAUGCAUCCCGACUCGCCCAACACAGGAGCCCAUUGGAUGCGGCAGGAAAUCUCCUUCGGGAAACUGAAACUGACCAACAAUAAAGGGGCGUCCAACAACAAUGGGCAGAUGGUGGUCCUGCAGUCUCUUCACAAGUACCAGCCUCGCCUGCACGUGGUGGAGGUGAACGAGGACGGUACCGAGGACACCAGCCAGCCGGGCCGGGUGCAGACCUUCACUUUCCCGGAGACGCAGUUCAUCGCUGUCACUGCCUAUCAGAACACCGAUAUCACACAGCUGAAGAUCGAUCACAAUCCCUUCGCAAAAGGCUUCAGAGACAACUACGACACGAUCUAUACGGGCUGCGAUAUGGACCGCUUGACCCCGUCGCCCAAUGACUCUCCCCGCUCUCAGAUCGUGCCGGGCGCUCGUUAUGCGAUGGCGGCCGCCGCGGCGGGCUCCUUCCUGCAGGACCAGUUCGUCAGCAACUACGCCAAAUCCCGCGCCGAGGACUCGAAGCCCCCUAAGGACUUGUCCGACUCCAGCUGGAUCGAGACUCCCUCGUCCAUCAAGUCCAUCGACUCGACCGACUCUGGGAUUUACGAGCAGGCCAAGCGCCGGCGGCUCUCUCCGGUGGGCACCCCGGCCUCCGAGAGCUCGUCGCCCCUCAAGAGCGAGCCCACCUUGGCCGCCAGGGACUGCGACAAGACCUGCGCCAAGGACAUCGGCUACUACGGCUUCUACUCGCACAGCUAG